CUCUAAUACUAUUGAUGAUGUCAAGAAAAAGAUUCAAGAUAAAGAAGGUAUUCCCCCAGACCAGCAGCGUCUGAUUUUUGCUGGUAAACAGCUCGAGGAUGGCCGUACUUUAUCUGAUUAUAAUAUACAAAAAGAAUCUACUCUUCAUUUGGUUCUACGUCUUCGUGGUGGAAUUAUCGAACCAUCACUCAAAGCUCUUGCAUCGAAAUACAAUUGUGAGAAAAUGAUUUGCCGUAAAUGCUACGCUCGUCUACCUCCUCGUGCCACUAAUUGUCGUAAGAAAAAGUGUGGUCACUCUAAUCAAUUACGUCCAAAGAAGAAACUUAAGUAA